AUAUAUUAAUGCCGAUUGCCAUUAUAUUUAAAUUGGACACUAUUAUGGACAUUUAAUUAUGCGAAAGAGACGUCUUCUUUUUUUAGAAAAAUUUAAUUGUUAAAAAAAGUAAAAACUCGAAAAGCGCGAGCGCGAUUGGUAGAGUCAUCUGACGGAGAAAGACGGAGUAAUAACGAGCGGCGCUACGUUCAAUCGAUAAAGUCGGUAAUCAGUUCAGUUCAUGCCGUUCAGUUUUGUGGUUAUGUCCGAGGCGAACGACUUUGUGCUAGUGACUCGUCGUGGAAAACGUCGUAACGGGAGGCGGAAUUUAAGUGGAAACACGGUUAUGCCGAGCGUGGACGUGAAGCAGGACUGCAAGAUCGAUCGCGAGCUUCUUCUUUGCACGUUAGACAAGGCGGUAGUCGAGAUCGGAGAUACGUCGUUCGCCAGAGUUUCGAUUGGAAAAUUCCUUCGCGUACGAGGAAGUUUUCAACGAUCUUAACGUUCAUAUCUUUACCAAGCAAGACCUGCUCAAGGUCCCGGCAGGUUUCUGGAGCUACAAAGAGGAACCGCAGUAUUUAACCAAGGACGUUGAAUU